AUGGGGGCGCAGCUGAGCACGUUGGGCCACGUGGUCCUCUCCCCAGUCUGGUUCCUCUACAACCUGCUCAUGAAGCUGUUCCAGCGCUCCACCCCGGCCAUCACCCUCGAGAGCCCGGACAUCAAGUACCCGCUGCGGCUCAUCGACAAGGAGAUCAUCAACCAUGACACGCGGCGGUUCCGCUUUGCCCUGCCGUCACCCCAGCACAUCCUGGGCCUCCCUAUUGGCCAGCACAUCUACCUCUCGGCCCGGAUCGACGGAAACCUGGUCAUCCGGCCCUACACGCCCGUCUCCAGUGACGACGACAAGGGCUUCGUGGACCUGGUCAUCAAGGUUUACUUCAAAGACACGCACCCCAAGUUUCCCAGCGGAGGGAAGAUGUCCCAGUACCUAGAAGGCAUGAAGAUCGGAGACACCAUCGAGUUCCGGGGCCCCAACGGGCUGCUGGUCUACCAGGGCAAAGGGAAGUUCGCCAUCCGCCCGGACAAGAAGUCCAACCCCGUCAUCAAGACGGUGAAGUCCGUGGGCAUGAUCGCGGGCGGGACAGGGAUCACCCCGAUGCUGCAGGUGAUUCGCGCCAUCAUGAAGGACCCGGACGACCACACCGUGUGCCACCUGCUCUUUGCCAACCAGACCGAGAAGGACAUCCUGCUGCGGCCGGAGCUGGAGGAGCUGAGGAACGAACAUUCCGCGCGCUUCAAGCUCUGGUUCACGGUGGACAAAGCCCCUGAGGCCUGGGACUACAGCGAGGGCUUCGUGAACGAGGCGAUGAUCCGGGACCACCUCCCGCCGCCGGAGGAGCAGCCGCUGGUCCUGAUGUGCGGGCCGCCGCCCAUGAUCCAGUACGCCUGCCUGCCCAACCUGGACCGCGUGGGCCACCCCAAGGAGCGCCUCUUCAGCUUCUGA